ACUUAGUACUGACCGAACAGAAUCGCAGCAUUAUAGCCAUUUUAUAGCAUUAUUUGUCUGUUUACAUUUCAAGAAAAAACAAAGCAAACAGUUCUUCAUUCUGUGGCGUUUGAGUAAAUCGUUUGUAUCGAUUGAAACUGUCAUGUAUAUCAUAACAAAAAUUACUAUAUAUCAGGAAACUAGCUUGUUGUGAUUGUGAAGUGGGCAGAGCUUAAAACUUAGGCUUAACUAAAUGUAGGCUACUUUCAGACCACGCUGUACUAACAACAAAGUGGACAAACACAAAAACAAACAUUUUGUCAUUUUUUAUUACUAUUAUUAUUAUUACACUUCAAGAGAAGCUGUGUUACAGAUGCAAGUUAUCUAAAAAGCUGAAAAAAUGAUGAAAAAAAAUAAUAAAAUGUCUACAUUUCUACUUGUACUAUCUCGCUUUAAUCUUAAGUGUUUUCACACACCACAUGAGCAGCUGCAAAUGAAUGACUAUCACAUAAACCCGGAUCAAAACAGAAAUGUAAAUGCAAUUCUUUCACAAGCGAAUCAACAUAUUUAAGUGUUAAUGCCGCCCUGUCGUGGAGACCUUUCAGAUUACAGGCAGGACCUUGAUUGGCUUUGCAUCUAAAAAAUAAUAAUAUUAAUAAGUUAAUAUUUUUAAACAGAAACGAGAUUUUGAGGAGAUGUUGGACUAUAAGAUGAUCCGUUUUCAUGUCUUUUAUGACAACAGUAAAACAGAUGUACCUUUUCUACACUGUUAUUUUAUUACUGGAGUGUUGUCUCCUUGGCCACGCCCCUCUGUUGACGUCAGAACCCGGAAGUGUGAAGUGAACCCCGGGAAUAAAAGCAGGACAGACGGCUGAAUGUGGGCUCCAGAAGAGGAGGUGGUUAUGAAAUGGGAAAGCGAGCAGGAGUGUAUGAAGCAGAGGUUGGUGUUGGAGGACACUGAGGCGUGGCAGAAGGAGCCGGACUUUAGAGGGCUGGAGAGAGUCGGGGGAGUCGACCUGUCGUUUAUUAAAGGAGAUGAACACAAUGCCUGCGCUCAACUUGUCAUACUCAACUACCCCGACCUCCAGGUGGUAUACGAUGUCAGUGAGAUGGUGUGUCUCAGCUCUCCGUAUGUUUCAGGAUUUUUAGCCUUCAGAGAGGCUCCACCACUGCUGCAGCUUCUUCUCACACUGCAGAGAGAGCAGCCCGAGCUAAUGCCACAGGUGUUGAUUGUGGACGGGAACGGCCUGUUUCACUACCGAGAGUUCGGUUUGGCAUGUCACCUCGGCGUGCUGCUGGACCUGCCCUGUGUGGGUGUGGCUAAAAACCUGCUCCAGGUGCAAGGUGUGGUCAAGAAUGAUGAGCACAUGUCACAGAUCAGCGCUUUGAGUAAAGCAGGUGACACUUUCCCACUUGUCACUGAUUCAGGAAAAAUACUGGGAAAGGCUCUGCGCAGUUCAGACCGCAGCACUAAACCCGUGUACGUGUCAGUGGGUCAUCGGAUUAGCUUGAACACAGCCGUCCGUCUCACACACUUCUGCUGCCGCUACCGUGUUCCUGAACCCACACGACAGGCGGAUCUGCGCUCGAGAGAAUACCUGCGAACACACUUUCCCUCGCCCAGCUAAUACACACACACACACACACACACAGGUGCUGGAGGAUGAAAGAAGAGCGUUGAAGGUGUGUGUGUGUGUGUGUGUGUGUGUAUGUGUUUGUGAUUGAGAGAGAGAGAGUAAUAAUUCAUGUGUCUAUAAAACAAACCAAAGAUAUUUUAUUUUAAAUAAUUGAACAAUACAACUGAGUUCUUUAGAAAUGACUCAUUUGCUAAAAGAUGGGUAAAGGUGUGUGCGUGUGUGUGUGUGUGCAUGUGUGUGUGUGUGUGUGUGUGUGAGAGAGAGAGAGAGAGCGAUGAAGCAGAUUUCAGCUCUCAGUGUGGGGUUUUUCUCUCAUCUCUGCUGCUUGGCUGUGUGUUACGUAAUCUUUGCUUACUGCAAUGAGAGACAGGCAUCGACACACACACACACACACAGAGAUAUAGACACACCCAUUACGGAUUGCCUCUGCAUCAUGUCAGACACUGCAGCUCAUAAACGAGAGAGAGAGAGACAGAGAGAGAAGUAUAGAGAGAGAGACAGAGAGAGAGAGAGGGAGGUGGGACUGAAAGAUAGAAUAAGAAAUAAAGGAUGAAAGAAAAAAGAAAGGGAGCAAGAGGGAGGGACUGUGAUCGAGUGGGAAAUAACGGUUGAGAGAAAGAAAGAAAUUACCCAAUUAACCUUUUAAAGAACCCUUGAAGAGCCUUUUUAAAGCCAAGAACCCUUAAUUAUCCAGUACACCCUUAAAGAACCCAUGAAGUGGUUUUGUUCUAGAAGACACAAAACCAUAUUAAUCUAAUUCACCCUUGGAGAACACUUUUUUUUUUAAACAAAGAACCUUUAAUUAUCGAAUGAACAUUUUAUAGAACCUUUGAAGAACCUUUUUUGAAAGCCAAGAACCCUUAAUUAUCCAGUACACACUUUUUACGAUCUCAAGUAGAGAUUUUUGUUUUCUAAGAUUUUUUAAUGCUCCCCUGAAGAAAGUUUUUUAGGAAACUAAGAACCCAUAGUUAUCCAACAAACCCUCGACGAACCCUUUGAUCUUGAGAGUGUGUAUUGACUGGGUAGGUAUGCUGCACUAACUCUAAAUUAUUACUCAUUAUUUUCUUUUUAUACCUGUACCUACCUGUCAGGAGCUUAACAUUUAAGUUCUUAGUAGAUGCUUCACAUCGUCAUUUUGCUCUUCUGAACUGCCGCUCCAUCUCAGAUAAAGCCUCAUACCUCAACAAAAUAAUCACUGACAAAAACUUUGAUAUGUUACUACACGUCAAAACCUGCCAAGUACCCAGUGAUUACUUGCAGCUGAACCUCCUUACACCAGAUGGAUAUAGACACCUGUCCAGACUGUCUCCGUGGCAAGGGGGGUGGCCUUGCUGUCAUCUGUCGAAAUGAUUUGCAUCUCGCGCAACUUGAUUUUCACAACACUAAUACAUUCGAAUAUAUGGUACUGAAGAUUGAUUUUCAUUGUCCUCUCACAAUUAUUCUACUAUAUCUUCCUCCUAAGGCUCAGUCUGACUUUGUUUCCCGAACUCAGUGAACUGCUAACUCUUGCCUGCGCUUCGUCAUCAUUUGUCCUCCUGCUUGGUGACUUUAAUAUUCAUGUGUAUACAGUGUGCUCGAACUCAUCUCAACUAUUGUCUGUUUUUGACUGUUUCAAUCUGACUCAUCAUGUGACUUUUUCUACUCACAUCCAUGAUCAUACUCUUGAUUUAAUCUGUACAUCUGGGUUUGAUAUUGCUUCAGUCUCCACUUUUGACACCAGCAUCUCUGAUCAGUAAGCUCAUUGAAUUUAGACUCAGUCUACCUGCUCAAAAGAAAUGUAGUAACACAAUGAUAUAGAAUGUUCCCUUUCCAGAACCUUCACACUAACUGUCCCUCAGUGGUGGAAUGAACUUCCAACCUCAAUCCAGACCACAGAAUCUCUCACUAUCUCCAAAAAACAGCUAAAGACCUACUUCUUCUGUGAACACGUAACUAACCCCUAAAAUGCCAACCGCACAUUAUUUAUUAAAAUAAUAAUAAUAAUAAAAAUAAAAACUUACUCUGGCUCUUACACCUCUACUCUGUGCACUUUGCUUCUCUAGAACUCAAUUAUAAAUCUUGUAUGGUUGCACUACUUGUAUUGUUCUCCGCUUGAUAUAUCGCUUUGCUUGUAUUUCCUCAUUUGUAAGUCGCUUUGGAUAAAAGCAUCUGCUAAAUGAAUAAAUGUAAAUGUACAUGAUUUCCUAUCGGGACCUUAAAUCUGUUGAUGCCACACUCUCUGCUCCCAUUGCUUUUGCUCCCAUUUCUGAUGUUUUAGAUAUUUCCUGUCCUUUAAUGAAACUCUCAAAAUACCACUCUGUUAUUUCUGAUAUUUUGCAUAAGCAUGCUCCUAUUAAGACCAGGCCUGUCCCCUCCUCCCACACUUCCCCCUGGUAUACACCUGAGCUCCGGGCCUUAAAAGUCAUUGGUAGACAUCUUGAGGCUUUAUAGGAAAACUGGUCUUACUGUUGAUCAUCUAGCUCUCAUUGAUCACCUCAACACAUACAAAACUGCUCUGAACUCUUCGCGGUGUAAUUAUGUUUCCACAAUGAUCAAUGAAGCAAGCACUAAGGCCUUUCCAGUGUGGCCUAAGGUUUUGUUUGACACAAUCAAUAAGCUCACCCAACCCCCAGGUCAUGAUGUUCACGCAUGUGAGAGUUCUGUUGCGCUUUCCUGAAUUAUUACCAGGAAAAUUUGAAUCCUGUCUGCCAGUGCUUUAUAGGCAAGGCCGAUAUUAGUUUUCUGCCUGACCACGCUUCUCAACAAUUGUCUAUCUUUACUCCUACAAACCCCUCUUCUAUCAGUGACUUAAUACUGAAAUCCAGUUCUUCAUCCUGCCACCUUGAUCCUGCUCCAACAUUUCUCCUCACAUGCCAUCAUACUGUCCUCUCUGCACCUAUUUCUCACUUCAUAAGCAGAUCUUUAGCUUCUACGUCUCUCCCUCUACCAGUUAAAACUGCGGCAGUGACACCAGUUCUUAAAAAACCUAACUUAAAAACUUUCAUUUUGAAAAUGCUGGAAAAUACUGUUGCCUCCCAGCUACAGUCAUUCUUUGCUCAAAAUAAUCGCUUUGAUCCCUUUCAAUCUGGCUUUCGUCUUCUCCAUAGUACUGAAACUGCCCUCGAAAUUGUUGUGAAUGACCUAUUACUCUCUAGCGACUCCGGUUCUCUUUCUAUUCUUCUAUUACUCGAUCUUAGUUCUGCUUUUGAUACUGUCUAUCAUGACUUACUUCUCUCCCACCUCUUGGAUGUUGGUGUCACGGUUGCUGCUCUUUCCUGGCUUACUUCAUAUCUCACGUAUAGACAGUUUUACAUUUCUAUGCAGGAUUAUAAAUUGUUUACUGUAUGUGUGAAAUUAGGUGUCCUUUAGGGAUUGGU